UUCUUAUAGAACUCGUGUUGACAAUACGAUGUUUUAUAGAGAAAGAAUGUAGAUUUCUGCACUUGUCCUUGACGUUAAUUAUACCGUAUGAACACGCAGUAGCUUUCUUGGAGAGUCUCAACGUACAUAUAUUAUUCAAUGUUGCAUCACAAGUUAUUUUCAGCCACAAUAUAUUGAAACAAAGGAAAGGGAUGAAUUUUGAAUCUGACGAAGAAAUAAGUCGACUAAGAGUUGCAGCGCUUUCAACCAGGCCAUCCAAUAUGCGAAAAAGAAAAGUAACCUUAAUAAAUUCGGGUGACAAACGAAAUAUUUUUGUCAAUACGAGGAAAGUUGUGGUUGGUUCAGCAAGACAGUCAACUGCUCCAAAAGAUGAAGAUAAUUCUAACACACAUUGGCCUUGUGCUAUGAUGGAUAGUAUAGACUUUUACGAACCAAAAAAACAAAAAGUGCAAAGUGAUUGUAGAAUUUUAUCCCUGGGUGGAAAGCAAACAAGUACUGGAAAGGACCAAAGAAUUUUUACUAUAGAUGAAGAAAAGGGAAACAAAGAAAAUGCAAGUUUACUUGAAGUGGAUACAGAUGUUCGAAUUGUUUUAGAUGAGAACAAUGAAAACAGUACAGCUGUUGAUGAUGAAGUCAAUAAACAUAUUGAGGUAAUAGAAAUUGAGGAUGAUGUUGAGUUAGAAAAUGCAUCAGAAAUUAACGGAAGUGAUGAAGUUGUUGAGGUAAUUGGGAAUAAUGAGACUGAGGAAGUGGAAGUUCAAAAAGAAAGUGGGCCUGUAAGGAAAAUAGAGAUAGGAAAUACAGAAAAGAGUGAUGAAAUUGAUGAUGCAGAUACAAAGGAAGACAGUAAUGAAGAGAUGGAUGAUGUUGAAGGCAGAGAGGGUGAAGUAAGAGAAAUAGAAGAGGGAGAAGAUGAAAUUAUAGAUGAUCUUGGAGGAGAAGAAAAAACAGAAAAAACUGAAACAGAAAAGGAGGUGAAAGAAUUUGAAAAAGAUAAAAUUGUCCAUCAAAACGAACAAGAAGGAAAUAAGGAAAAACAAUGUGUUAAAGAAACAGAAAACCCCAAAUCUGAGAGGAAAGAGGAAUCCAAUAACAAAAUUCUAAAGGCUCCAGAGAAAGCAAAUGCUGGAAAGGAACAAAAGAAAUCCCAUGACAAUGGUAGUGAGAGUGACAGCAGUGGAUCGGAAAGUGAUUCUUCUCGCUCUGGUAGUUCAUCAAGUUCUUCAGGAUCUUCAUCAUAUUCCAGUUCAUCAUCUUCAUCCAGAACAUCAAGUGACAGUCGUAGUAGUUCAGACAGUAAUUCAGACAGUGAUGAUCAAAAGACCUCAAAACAUAGUAAACAUAGUUCAAGAAGUUCCAGUCAUUCAAGCUCGUACUCUUACUCAACUGGUGGUUCUGUAGAGAAAAACACAAUGAGGUCAGUGGUGUCACAAAAAAAUAAAGAAAGGCGCAGCCGUUCUCCACGUGAUCUACCUCAUCGAUCACCCCACCAAUCACUGCGUGGUCGACGGUUGCCCCCAGAGCGCAGAUACUCUGAUAGAAAGCGAUCUUAUGACAGAGAUGAUCGGUAUAGAAGAAAUCGUUAUAGAGAUGAUAGAAGAGACGUUAAUCCGAGACAUCUCCAACGUAUAUCCCCCCGAAACCGCUUGGGAAGGCGAUCUAGCUCCCCUUUGUAUCGUCGUCGAAAUCGUAGCAGAGAACGAGAAAGGGACACACGAUUGAGUAAACCACAAGAGCGGCCUCGCGGUAGACGUUCUCGUUCCAAAUCACACGAGAAAAAGAAAGACUUCGCUUCGGAUAAAAAUAAUUUAUCACGUACAGAUGAUGAUUUUGUGGAAAUUGAUGUUAAACAAAAGCCUGGCAGUAGUGAAGGCAAUAAGGAGUCGAUUUUUAAAAAGUCGGAAAGAUUGGGAGAGAAUCGGGAAGUCAACACAAGUGUUGAUACAUCUGGCUUUGACCUUCGAUCAAGAUUGGGUCCGAAGAAGAACGACACGAAACUCAUUAUUACAAGGAAAUCCCAAGUGGAUGCCCGACUGAGGAUUGGACCACGAUCGCGAGGAAUAUCAGAAAACGUGGAACAGAAAAAGAACAAAGAAAAUAGAAGAGAGGUGAUUGAGGAAAAAGAAGAUGAUGAUGAAAAUGAAGAAGAAGAAAAUGGCGACGACGAAGAAGAAACACCAAGAAAAUUUGUUGUAGAAGUCCACAAUGAUAGAGAAGCAGAACUUGAUGCAAAGAUUUUACGAAUUCAAAGAAUGAAUGAAGAAAUCCGAAAACGACAAGAAGAAAUAGAACGCGAGAAAAUGAUGUAUGCUUAGCUUUCCAGGUUCCAACAAAAA